AUGUCUAAAAAUGUCGCUAAUAAAUUAUUAACAGAAAAUGGUCAAUUUCUUAUGCGUUCAGCACGAUCAAAGUUAAACGAUCGUAUUCUUUAUUGCUAA